GAUCGACUAAGUAGUGGUGCAUUGUUGUGGUUAGUAGUGGCCGUGCAGCGAUGUUACAUCUAGCGACGCAUUUGUCCGAGUCGAUGCCUCAGGCAUGGCGCCAAACGAUCCAUUCCGUGCGGCUGAAGAGAGACGCGAUUGCCAACCUUCAUCAUGCUCUACCCUCAUCCUACCCAGCAGCGUAUCCGGUCCAUUUCCGCGAUACCCAGUUCUCGUGCUCUUGGAAUAUUCGGAGCUUUCGUCCCGACCGAGCGCGCCGUCGCUAUCGGGCCUCGCCCAGAAUCACCUGCACCCCAGCCAGAACCAGCCAAGCCCCACCGCCACAGCAUGGCGCCCUGGAAUCGCAAGCGGGAGGAGCCGGCUCUCCGAGCUGGGUCUUCCGCUUCGAAGGCCAAAGCAGGAUACCUCGAAAGACUGCAAAGACGUCUAGGUAACCGAGGCAGACGAGCAGAGCCGGAUGCCAGCGGCAAUGGCAACGAUACCGGGCGCCCUGGGGACAGCCCGAGCCAUCCCGUUCCAGGCACCUGUCAGCCCACAGAUCAUAAAGACUCACCCACGACCCAGUCGCUCUGGGACCGUGCAUAUGACGCUUUGGGAAACGAAAAUCCGCAGCUGGUGAAGGAGUACGAGGGAUUGCUCUUGAAGGAGGCGCAGAAGACGGGCUACGCCUCAAAAGACGUGUCACCUGCGCAGCCCAUGCCACCGGAUAAUGCGGCCCACGGUUUCGACGGACAAUCCGGCCGGGGUCAACUGGACGCAAUAAUCACACACGGGUUACAAAGAAUGGAAGAGAAGAAAACACACACCACGGAUCGGAUCGCAAAGGCCGCAGACUUCGUUCUGUGGGCAAAAGACUGGAUCGGCGAGGCCGUCAAGGCUUCACCAGAGGCUUCCAUCGCCUGGGCCGGCGUCUGCAUCGUUCUCCCGCUCCUUACAAACCCCAGGACCGCGGACGAAGCCAACCGUGGCGGAUUCACGUACGUCACUGCCCGGAUGCGCUACUACGCCGCACUCGAACCUCUGCUGCAGCAGCUCGGCCAGGACGUCGGGGUCACCGAGGACUUGAUGGCGGAAGCCAACGAACACAUUGUGGUCCUCUAUCAGCACAUCCUCGAGUUUCAGAUCCGAAGUGUCCUACGAUUCUACCAGAGCCGCAUCAGAGGUUACGCCAAAGACAUGUUUCUGCUGGAAGAUUGGGAACGGAUGAAGACGGAGAUCGAAAAGAUGGAGGUGACCGUCAACCAGAACCUGACUCAGAUAAACGAGCUUGUGUCGACGCAAAAGCUUACGUCACUCAACAAGACGAGUACGGCCGCGUUCGAAGCUAUGGAACAAUUCCUGUCCAUUGCCGAACGGAAGCUGCGAGUUGCAGAAGAGGCCCGAGAUAUUGCAGGGGAGCAGCGGGACAUCAACAAAAAAGAACUCCAGGUUCUGAGAGACAUGGCCAAGCAGGGUCUAUCUGACAAACGAGCGAAGUGUCACCAACUGUUUUAUCUCAAUGACAGCAACGGUGCGACGUACGAGUGGUACAAAAAUCGCGUGGAAGACCGGAUAGAAGGCACAUGCCAGUGGUUCCUGCAUGACGAGCGCUUCAAAAGUUGGCUGGCGCGAGAUUCAGGGCCACUGCUGGUGUCGGCAGACCCGGGCUGUGGGAAAUCGGUCUUGGCCAAACACCUGAUUGACGAAGCACUACCUCGAUCGGCAACCAUCUGCUACUUCUUUUUCAAAGACCAAGAUCAGAACACCAUCAAUCAAGCACUCUGUGCGUUGCUGCACCAGCUCUUCCACUACCGGCCUUCUCUGAUCGAACAUGCCAUGCCGGAUUAUUCUGAGUACGGAGAACGUCUGAUCCGCUCGACAUCCUCGCUAUGGGAAAUUUUGGAAAAGGCCGGACAAGAUCCGCAGACGGGACAUUUGAUUCUAGUCCUGGAUGCGCUGGAUGAAUGCCGCGUCGAGGAUUUUCGGGACCUGGUCCGGACGUUAAAACGCCUAUUUCACAGAGACAGGCAGGGCCAUAGCAAGAUGAAGUGUCUGCUGACCAGCCGCCCAUACGCCCACAUCGUAUCGGACUUCCAGGAACUGAUUGACGCCUUUCCUUAUAUUCACAUACCAGGAGAAGAACAGUCGGAUGCUAUCAGCAGCGAGGUGAAUCACGUCAUCAAGCACCGAGUCGAACAGCUAGCGACAGAUAUAAAGCUUAAGAAAGAAAUCAAAGAUCGCUUGGCCGAACGACUGCUCGGAAUUCCUCACCGCACGUACCUCUGGGUGUACCUUGUGUUCAACUACUUGAGGACAGAAGGCUUUAGAAAGACGCUGAAAGGGGUCGAGUCCGCCCUUACAACGCUACCGCUCAGUGUCAACGACGCGUAUGAGAAGAUCCUUAGCAA